UAAAUUGAGGAGGUAUAAAGUAGGAGGGGGAGCAUGGCGGGAUCAUGCGGAUUCAAUACGUGUCAAACGCUGAGGGGGUCAUUGAAUCGAUGAUAUCUCUUUGAAUCUUCCAUCAUCAAUAAAAUAUCAUCAACAACCCCCAGCUUCAGUUAUCAUUUCAUGAUUCCAUCAGGAUUUUGUUCACGAAAGCGAUGAUCACAAGCCCUAAUAAUUUUCAGGUGAGGAAGAGGAAGUGGAAGACGGUCUUGUUUCUGCUCAGAAAGAGGAAGAGAAACAUCGAUCAUCAUCUUAAACACCCGAUCGGUGCUGAGAUUUUCAACGGAAUUCAUGGCGGAGAUUCACGGCGGCGUAACGAUGCUUAUUGUUCUGGUGGUGAUGAGAGAGAUGUAAACCCUAGGAAUUAUGUUGAUCGGAUAUUUGAAGGUUCUGGAAAGGUAAACCCUAGGUUAGGUUUAGAUAAUGUUGAUGCUUAUUGUUCUGGUGUUGAUGCGAGAGAUGUAAACCCUAGAAAUGAUGUUGAUCGGAAAUUGGAAGGUUUUGGAAAGGUAAACCCUAGGUCAGGUUUAGAUAAUGAUAAAGUUGUUGAUGUUGAUGUUGGUGUUUGUUGUUCUGGUGUUGAUGAGAGAGGUGAAAACCCUAGAGAUGAUGUUGAUUGUGAAUUGGAAGGUAUGGGAAAGGUAAGCCCUAGGUUAGAUUUAGAUAAUGUUGAUGAUGAUGAUGAUGCUAAUUGUUCUGGUGUUGAUGAGAGAGGUGAAAACUCUAGAGAGGAUGAUGUUGGCUGGGGAUUUGAAGGUUCUGGAAAGGAAAACUCUAGGCUAGGUUUAGAUCAUGUUGUAGGAGAAGAGGGGGAGGAGGAAGAGGUGGUGGUGGAUGAGAGUUCGAAGUCUGCGGUAAUGGUUGUUUCGGAGAGGAAGAAGGAUGGGGGAGAUACGCCUCCUGAUGAUGAUUGCUGUCCGAUUUGCUUUGAUAGUUUUUCAAUUGCCUGUAAAACAAACUGUGGGCACUGGUUUUGUGCCAAUUGCAUAUUGCAAUUCUGGACCUAUAGAACAGUUCUUCAAAAAUGCAACUGUCCUAUUUGUGCACGUCCCAUUAGCAAGUUGACACCAGAGGCAUCUUUAAACAUGAUGAAUGAAGUGGAAGUUGUUGAGGUCCUAAAAAACGUGCAGAGGUAUAACCGCCUUUUUCAGGGUGGUAUUAAUGGUGUCAUACGGAAAGCCUUCGAGGUUCCAAAUUUGUUUACAAGAAUGCUAUGUGGUCUGAUGGAUCCAGAUAGAUUUAGGGGAAACUACUAUGCAAUGCGUUCCUUCGCCUUGUUGAUGAGUUGCAUAUAUAACAUCGGUUCCUUCGAAUUUAUUCCAACAGGGACAUUAGGGGUGAGGCGGCUGUUUGAUCUCUGUGCUAUAGCACUAGUGGUAAUCCUGUGUUUGGUUGGGAUCUGCCAUAGGUUGUUGCUCCGACAGCGGGUCAGGCGGUUGGCGGCUAACCAACCAUGAUACCUCACAACACUCACGCACCCAAUUGUGUAUUGACUGUAUCUCUGUAUGAAAAGUAGUUGAUCCAUUAGAAGGAUAAAACAAAAUGUUGACAUCAGCUUUGCAUACAAAUUGAAUUUGCUGAUGUCACUAUAGUUCAUUUGUUGUGUUGUGACGGUUGCUGUACAUAAAUGGCUUUGAGGUUUGCUUAUAAAAAUAUAUACAUCUUACAUUUAUUUA